UAGGGUCCUUUUCACUUUCCGUUUUGUUUUUCCAACAGCCACCGAAGUUGCGGGCAGGUAAAACCAGGGACUUCCUCGACCCUGGCUUUGGCCUGCGUCGGAACCGCCAGGCUCGCUGGGAACAGCGCCCAACCGGUUCCUCAAACAGGUUGUGCCACGUGGCCUUGACCCGUGACACCCCUGCAGCUCGCGCCGAUUUGCCGACAAUUCGACUCGCACUCUCGGAGCGAAUGAGUCUUCUGGGCGGCUUCUCAGCCAGACAGCCCCGAGCGCUAUGCAAACCCAGUCCGACUGGCCUCCGGUGACCGACGACAUCCUGCGGCCUUCGCCUUUUGCGCAUCCUGGGCUGCACACCCUCCAUUGCGUGGCCCGCGUGCUGCUCUUCCCGACCUACUGGGCUCUGGACCAGUUGAUUGGCUGCUGGGCACCAACAGCGCGCCCCAGCAGGCUGAGAGCAGCAGCUGGCGGCGGGGUGGCGCUGCUGCUGCUCCUGCUAGUUGGCCUACCGCUGGCGUUGCCUGGCUUGCUACUCUGGCUGCCGCUGCAGGCCUGUCGCCGCCCCUUCUGCUACCAGCCCCCUCCUCCGUGCUGGGUGCCGCCCACGCCCUGGCGCCCGUGCGCUGAGUUUGCGCGCUGCUUUGUCUUCCUCACUGCCAACCUGUGCCUGCUCCCCGACGGGCUGGCGCGCUUCAGCAAUCUGCCACACAGCCAACAACGCGCAGAGGCCAUUGGCGCUACGCUGUUAAACGGCCUACGGCCCUCGCUUUAUGGAGCUACCGGAUGCAGCCCACAAAGGCUUGGGGAGCCAGGCGGGACGCUGACGGCCCAGAUGCCCGCGGGGCUGGACUUUGUGUGCCUGCAGGAGGUGUUCGAUAUUCGCGCAGCUCGACGCCUGGUGCGCUGCUUGGCUCCGAAUCUGGGCCCGGUGCUGUAUGACGUAGGCACACUUGGCCUACAGCCUGGGCCAUACUUAAAACUGCUAGGCAGCGGGCUCCUGCUGGCUUCCCGCUACCCGCUUCUGCGUGCCAACUUCCGUUGCUUUCCCAAUGCGCGUCGCGAGGACUCCUUUGCCUCCAAGGGUCUACUAUCCGCUCAGGUAUAUUCCCACAGGCUGUGUGCUCUGGCCCUGGAUGGGAUGAGCUGUUGGGCCGAAUGGGCAAUGAAAGCUGGUACUGUCGGUGGUGUUGCAGGUGCAACUGGGCAUCCUGGACGGGCACCGCGUAGUGGGAUUCCUGCAUUGCACGCAUUUACAUGCACCCACUGUAAUGGCAACUCCCAAGAAGUGCCUGGGUGGGUGCAGAGACCCCAGUCUAGCGGGAACCAGGUGUCCAGGAUGUGGAUCCUCAACCUGGGCCGAAUAGAAGGCGGCACACCUCUACCCCCACCCUCCACCCCUUCCGUAGAGGAUGGGCUCUUGCGCUGCAAACAGCUGACGCUGCUACUGGACUGGGCAGAGCAGUUUGAGGCCGAGAGCCGCCAGAGUGGUGAGGCUGUGGCCUUUAGUGUGCUUCUGGGUGACCUAAAUUUUGACAACUGCUCAAAAGACCACGCACAGGAGCAGGGGCACAAACUCUUUCGCUGUUUCCGGGAUCCCUGCCGGCUGAGCACACGCCAGGAUCAGCCUUGGGCCUUGGGAACCAUCCUAAGCACCUCCACCCUCCACCAAUCAGUAGCUAGCUCACCGGAGAUGCUGCGGAGGGCCCUAGAGCAGGAGAAAGGGCGCCACCUCUACCUGGCAGGCCCUCCCCGCGGAGGCCGUCGGGCUAACCCCUGGCUGGGCCGGCGUCUGGACUACAUCACCUACCGGGAAAUGCCUGGGAGUGUGCUGAUUCCAGUAAGUGCCAGAGUUCAGGACUGCUGGGCUUGCUGGCACUGGAACCAUCCCUCAACCUGGUUCCUGCCCCCAGGAAGUGGAACAGGUUAUGUUUAGUACAGCCCUGGCGGGGCUCACAGACCACCUGACCGUGGGCCUGCAGCUCCGAGUUUCGGCGCUCUCCUGACACUGGCACAAGGACAAAGGAUGCUGCCGGCAACACAGACCACAAGGCAGAGCACGAGUUUGGCCUGACAGCCGUGUCCCACAACUGGGCGAUGUAAGGGAUCUUUAUUAGGGGGGCCUCACACAGCCUCUUGGGCCCUGCGGUACUCAUAGACACUACCCCGCUCUGAGAAGGCAGGGGAUUGUGGGGGCGAGCCCUGCGAUGGGGCACGGUCCUCUGGGUUCCCGUAGCCACCACCUCCAGGGGUAUGAAGGCAGAACACAUCCUGUGGAGAGAGGCGGGUUCAGAACAGGCUUGACCCUUCCCAGCCCGAGCAGCAUUCAUCAUCUUAAUGUUUGGACCCCAGAGACCCGGCAUAUGACCCACUGCCCUUCGGGAACCAAAUUAAACUCGCUAUCUGGUUA